GUUACACAGAGGUCCGGACAGGAGGAGGUUUAAGAAAAGACGACCCUGUAAACAUGAGUGAUUCAGCAGGAUUCAACUUUGAGGAACUGAUUAAUGUUACAGCACUGAAAGGAGGUGGAGACAUGCAAGAGCUCAAAGUGGAACAGGUGAUGUGCAAAUUGAGGAGGCUGCAACAAGGUAAAAGCAUCCUGGAAGAAGAAAUAAAGGAGAUCAAAUCAGUCAGUGAUUCAUUGCAGAAAGAGCUGUCCACUCUACAAACUGAAGCUUACCGACUGGAAGGAAUCCAUAAAGAAAAAGAAGAGUUGUGCAUGAAGCUGCAGUUCCAGUGUGAGGAGUCUGAGCAUGACUCUGACAGGCAGUUAAAGCAGAACAAGAAAAGUGACGAACUGCUGGAACAGCACAAAUGUGAAAUCCAAGAGUUCAAGCUUAAACACCGGAAGCAACGGAUGAAGUUUGAAAACCAACUUAACCAACUGAUAGAUCAACAUAAGAAUCUGCACUCUGUCUUUACUCCAGAAAGACUCCCAGAUGAAAUAGAGGCUGCUGAGAAUAUAAAAACUCAGCUCUUAUCAGCCGGUAAACACCCUCUCAUAAGUUAUGUACAUUCUUUCACAAGCAUGCGUGCAGUAAAACAUUUAUUUUUUUGUUUGUGCAUGAAUGUAGUGCUUGUUUAUUUUUUACUUCCGACCCUGGUCUUGUUCUCUGAUUGUUGUAGAACAAAUGAAGUUGGCUCAGCUGCACCGCCUCAGUGAGGAGCUCGAGGAGGUGAGGAAACAGAAGCAGCCAGCGACAGCCGCAGACACUCAGGAGGAGACAUUUUUGUAGGUAGUUUUAAAAACUCACAGGUAAUUUGUCUUGUCAGGUGAAAACCUUCAAUCUCCCAAAUGUCAGCUUUACUCUCUCUGUUAAAGUCUAUUUUUUCUGAAUGUACUUGAUGUUUUUAUAUUACUUGUUCUAUAAUCCAGUUUGUUGCUGGAAUUUAAGCCAAAUGUACUGAACUGUACUGAAAUCUGCAUUAUUACAUUCUGUGACUGGUGAAAUGUGUUUUUCAGUUAAGUAGAUGACAGUAACAGCAUCCUGUAUGUUAUUUAAUAUAGUGUAUUAAUAUAAUAUACAUGUUC